ACCUUUAUUACGCUUUUGCUUUCUUAUUGAGAUAUUUGAGAUCCGAGUGGAAUAUUAUAUUUCGCCAUAGUGAAAUAAUAAACAUAGUAGGCCUAUAUAUCGUUCCAGCGGGGGGCAGUAAAAGCCUUGAUCGUUUUUCAUACCUCUGCAAACAAACAGAAGAAGAAAGCGACAAAUUCGCAUACAUCUACAUCGCCCCAUUUUGAACUCUAUGCAUAACUGAAGUUCAUCAGUAUUAUUUUUAUAUCGUAAUUUAGGCACCUCAGCGCCCAUCAACAAUCUGCUCUGAAAGUUAUUUGUGGAAGUUGGGUGGCGUGAAAUGUGACUUUGAAUGGAAACUCCCUCUUUUUGGUUUUGAGUUUUGCAAAUUUGAGUUUGCAGACAGAUGAGCUACGCCUCUUAAGACAGGAACUUUUCAUCUGAGUUGGAUAUAAGAUACAACGAGAAUGCGGGACCGGACCAAAGAAUUGGGCAAUACUGCUGAUGCCUCAGAUGAAGAUGAAGAAACCACGGCUCUCAUGAUAAAGCCUGGAUCUGGGAGCUCGGCAAACGAAGAGAAAGAAAAUGAGGCUUUCUUUAAAAAGGUUCAGGAGAUUCGAGAGGGACUUGAAACAAUUAAAAAGAAGGUGUCUGAAUUGGAGAACAAACAGAAAACGGUGUUAGGAGUCGCACUUCCAGAGGAAAGUAUGAAAAAGGAACUGCAGUCCUUCAGAGAAGACAUCAAAGUCAUGGCCAGCCAGAUCCAAAGGAAGUUAAAAAGCAUUGAACCUAAGAAAUCUGAAGGUGAAGACAAAUAUAUUCCAAUAAACGUUAGAAUGAGGAGAACCCAGCAUGGUGUUUUGUCCCGUGAAUUUCUGGAAGUGAUGGGUCACUGUAAUACAAUUCAAGCCCAAUACAGAGACAGAAAUGUGGAGAGGAUACAAAGACAACUCAAAAUCACUGGUAACAAUGUGACAGAUGAAGAGCUAGAAUCCAUGCUUGAGAGUGGACAAACUGAUGUUUUCACGCAAAAUAUUUUGAAUGAUGCUAAAGCUACCAAACAGGCUCUGAACGAGAUUGAGUCACGGCAUGAUGAGAUAAUCAAGCUAGAGAAAAGUAUUAAAGAGCUACAUGAUAUGUUUCAGUACCUUGCAAUGGAGGUGGAAGCACAGGGUGAAAUGGUGGACCGGAUUGAGGAGAACAUUAAGAGUUCCCAUAACUACGUGGAGAAAGCUGUUGCCGACACAGCUGCUGCUGUAGAAACUUCAAAAAAAGUGCACAAGAAAAAAUUAUGGAUUGCCUUAUGCCUUGCUAUUUUAAUUGUAAUAAUAGCCAUUAUCCUGGCUGUCAGUUUAGGUUGAGUGUUUUCCUUUAUUAGAUUUCUUUUUGCCCAUCAAGCACUGGGUUUUUUCUUCCUAAACUGUCUUCCUGAAGUCCCUCUAACAAACAACAUCGCCAUGUGUAAACAUGACCAUUAUUGGUAUCCCAACUGUUUUGGUAGCUACAUUUGCUUAAAUUUUUAAUUGUUGAUCUGUUGUUUUAGCUGUUUUGUCCUAUCAUUUCCUGAAAAUGUGUCUGCUGCACCACUUGGACAUUUAAAAAGUUGCAUGGUAAAAAUGGUUUGAAUUAACCGAUUGCUUUACUGACUGUAUUUCCAAGAUGGUGGACUUCAUUUGCAACACCAACACUAAAACAUGGUCAUAUAGGGUAGAUGAAGAAGAAAUGCUAAUGAGAUUCCUAAUAUAUAAC